GAGGCUUCCGAAGCCAUGGAGACAAGUGUGGUUCCCAAAACCAAUGGGGUGGAUUCAGAAUCAAAGCAAAAGAUAGAGCUGGAUGAGAAUGGUACAUAUAGUUAUGAGCAACUGAAAGCCGUACCUGGUAAUGCUGUAACUGGAAUUAAUCUCAAACGCAAAGAGGCUUAUUUGUCAGAUAAGGAGUUCCAGACAGUUCUCGGCAUGGAAAAAGAAGCAUUCUAUAGUUUACCAAAAUGGAAGCAAGACCUGAAGAAAAAGAAAGUUGAUUUAUUCUAAGAAUUUUACGAAUUCCGACCGAAUUAUGUGCUUCAUCUGCAUUCUGACCAGCAAUCCUCAAGUCUGUCGGAAAAUGUGUCGUUGAUGAUAUGCGAUUCCUUGAUUUCUAUGCCUUAGCAUCCAAGAUUUGAUCAUAUGAUGUUUAAAAGAGUGAUAUUUUUUGGGGUUUUCUUUUUCCUACCAUCUCAUAGUGACAGUGGGUAUUGCAAUGGUCACAUAUAGGAAGGAGUUAAGGACAGCUUUGGCAUGGCAGGCCAGCCUUCUAUGAUUUGGUUGCCAUGUAUCUCCAUAACCUGUUUGUUUUGAAAACUCUCAUUUAUUUAAUUUUCCAUUGUUUUAAUUUGUUAAAGAAGGUGAUGUAUAUGAUU